GCACCUAAAUAAGGGGUGUGGGGCUGUUUGAAAUUCAGCCGAGUAUGCAAAAUCAGUCUACUUCCGUGUUUGUUUUCGCGCGAAGCCGUCUGUACAGGAGUUUGGAAGCAGGCAUCUGCAGGCUGGCGAUUAGUACUGCUUUUUGGAGGACUAGCAACAGCUUCAACUCUUCAAAGAACCCGACUGAUGGCAGCUAGCGUUUAGAAGCCCGACACUGGAUCGAGUUGCAGAGGUGUAAUUUCAAACAGAAAUACAUCCACACUUUCAAAGAGGGUCUUAAAGAUGUCUGAGUCAAAACGGAAGACCAGCAGAAGCAUUCAGGAGGAGGCUGCUAAUGGAGCGGUAGGGCGCAGUAGACCAGAAAGGUCAGCAGACACUGGUGAAGAGGAUGAAGGUGCAGGUCCAUCAGGGAUACACGAGGAAGACGAUGACCCUGCACAGCGAAGAGAGAUCCGAAGCCAGUACAGAGACCUUAUCAACUCUGUUCAGCAAAACCGUGAGGACAUGCUGAAUCCUGCUAACAAUAAACUUUUUGAUGUGUUGGAGGAGGCCAACAAGCUGUUUGCUAAUGUCAGACAGGCUCGAGAGGCUGCACUUGAUGCACAGCUGCUUGUUCUAGCGACAGACCUGGGGAGAGAAAAGGCCAGUCAGCUGCAUGCUGAGGGCUCGGCGUUUGACCCCUCUGCGUUUGCAGAGCAUUUAUUGUCCUUCAUGGGUCUUAAUCGUUUGGAAGAAGAGGAGGAUGGUGAUGCCAAUUUGGGUGGGUAUAUGCCUCCAGAUGCCUGGCAGCGACUUUCCAAAAAAGCACAAUAUUGCUUCAAAACAGCGCCUUCAUUUCACUAUAUGUUUGGCUCAUUUUUGGCUGAGCCUCCACCACCACGACAGCGGGUUGAGAGACAAAGAAAAGCUCCCAGCAAAGAAGCCAAACGAAUCAUGCCCACACAGCUAAAGAAAAUGGAAGAAUCACAUCAGGAAGCUACAGAGAAAGAGGUGGAGAGGAUAUUGGGUUGCCUUCGAAGUUACUUUGCAGAUGACCCACAGUCCCCUAUACUGUAUUACGAGUUUGUUGUUGACCCUAACUCCUUUUCCCGGACAGUGGAGAACAUUUUUCACACUUCGUUUCUUAUCAGGGACGGCCUGGCAAGGGUUUAUCUUAACAGUAACAAACUUCCUUGUAUAGCUCCGGUUGAGGAAGGCGAGUUAGAGCCUGGAGGUGCCAAUGCUCGUCAUCAGUGUGUCAUCUCAAUCAGUCCAGCUACCUGGAAGGAAAUCAUUGAGGCCUUCGAUAUUAAGGAGGCUUUGAUUCCAUCCCCAAAAGUAUUGUCACAAGAAGGCUGAUUUAUAAAAUGCAAAAAGUUGUUUAUAUAACUUUAUAUUAGUUGUUUAUAUAUCUACUUUUAGAAAAAAGAUUUUAGUUUUAUUCACAGUCUUUUUUUUAUAAGUGUAUAUGAUGUAUGUAAAAUGCACUGAGUGUCAAAUUGGAGCUUUAUAAUGUAUGAACGGUAUUUGUUACAUUGUUAAUAUUGUAAAAUAAAAGUUGCGUGGUCUUUAAAACCACAACCAUGA